CAGCACCCUGGACAGCGUCUUCUCUCCGCUCCACCAAACGCGGCUCGGUGAUUGACAGAAGCGGCGGCCAUAGGCGGAUCGAUGCCGCUCCCGGAGCCCUAUGAGGCGGACGGGAAGACUUGGAGGGGGCGCUCGGAUCCUGACGCGGUUCUCCCCGGCUUCUAUAGGCCCGCUCGGUGUUUGCCGCGGUCGGAAGAGGGCGGAGUGCGUUUUGCUCAUCCAAGUGAGGAGCUCCCCGACUCUUAAAAAAUAUAUAAAUAUAAUAACAACAAGGCUCUUUCUCUACCCUUCCCUCCCUCCUUCCCUUCUCUCCUUCCUCCCGUGUCGUUUUGAUUCAGUGUAGCCCACACGCAGGGGGAGAACAUCCGCCGCACAGCAGAGCCAAGACUGAGAGGGGAUCUUCAACAUCAACAAGCUGCAUGAGGCUUCUCUGAGAAGAGAGAAAAAGAAGGACUAUCUACCUGAUUCCAGCAAUAGAGGUGCAGGUGUUUCAGAAAUAUCCUACAAGUGGUGAUGCGAUGGUUUAGAGGAGCAGCUUUGGUCGAUUCUUCACAUCACGCCCGCUCGACGACGCUGUAAAAAUCCCCCCGCUUCCUCUUCAGACAUCUGUGGACGCUUUCUGCAGGGGGAGAUGGCUGUUCUCCGGCUCUCGCUGCUGCUGCAUGUGGGCUUUGUGAUCGGGUCGAGCCGGUUCGACGCGGACCAGUCAGCCGUUGGGGAGGAAGAGGUGGAGGCGAACCUGGGCGCUCGGCUGGCGCUCCUCCGUGCGCCUCGCCUCGUUCCCGGGGAGAAACCGGAGGAGCAUCUGCCCCGGGUGGUCACGGCUUUCCUGCACACGGGGGACUCGACCACCUUAAGGCACGCCAACUGCUCGAGAAAGUACGAGCUCACCUCUCUGCUGCGUGGAAGGUCACACGAAACCCCGCAUUACUCCAUGAGCGGCGUGCUGGAGACCGUGCUGCACGCCACUAACUUCCUCAGCAUGAUCCUGCAAGCCAACAGGUCCAGGGAGCACAACCUGCGGCGAGACAUGGAGUGGUACCAAGCCCUGGUGAGGAGCAUCCUGGAAGGGGACGCCAAGAUCCACCGGGCGGUGGUCACUUUCGGCGGGGGUGCGUCGUUUGCGGGGCCCCCGGUGCUCCUCCAAGCCACCAGGGCCGGCGGGGAGAUUGUGCUCCAAGACCUCCCCCGCAUGGCGCGUCGCCAUCUGCACAACCGCACCGCGGACACCGAGUGGUACCACGGGAUGAGGGAGAAGCAUGAGCCCAGGUUCCACAAAAGGGUUCUGAGUAAAGGUGGUGACGGGUCACCGGAAAGAGCCGAGAGUUUCAUCCCGGACCGAACGCAUGUCAAGUGGUCUGCGCCUUACCUGGAGUGUGAAAAUGGGAAUUUUGUCCCCCGUUGGCUUCUGACGCUGUCCGCAGCUUUCUACGGCCUGAAGUCCAACCUGGAUCCGGAGUUCAGGGGCGUGGUGCGGGUGGACGUUAAUCUACAGGAUGUUGAUAUCGACCAGUGCUCUACUGACGGCUGGUUUGCUGGAACCCAUCGAUGCAACCUGAGCACUAUGGAGUGUCUGCCGCUGCGUGGUCAUGGGUUUGUCCUGGAUAAAUAUCAGUGCCAGUGUAAAAAGGGAUUCUACCACCCCAACAGAGUGGCAGUCAAUGGCUUCACAAAGCCUGGGAGAACGGGGAAAGCUGGAUUUGGUGGUCUGGGUGAAGAUGAAGGCUCCCCCAGCGACUGCCUGCCUUGCCAGCAAGGCUGUGCUUUCUGUAAAGACGACUCUCCCUGCGUGGCGCUGGAGGACGGCGCCCUUCGCUUGGCGGUGCUCUCCUUCCAGUGUCUCUGCAUGCUGAUCGUCUUCAUCAGCAUGGUGCUCAUAUAUCACUUUCGCAGGAAUAAGAGCAUCAGAGCGUCAGGCCUGGUCCUCCUGGAGGCCAUUCUCUGUGGAGCGCUCCUCCUCUACUUUCCGGUCGGGAUCCUCUACUUCCACCCGAGCGUUUUCCGCUGCAUCUUGCUGCGUUGGGUCCGACUGCUGGGCUUCGCCACCGUCUACGGGACGCUCACUCUGAAACUCUACAGGGUGUUGAAGGUCUUCCUGUCCCGCACAGCCCAGCGGAUCCCCUACAUGACCAGCUGGCGAGUCCUGCGCCUGCUGGCCUUCAUCCUGCUCAUCGUCUGCUGGUUCCUGGUGGCGUGGACGUCUGCUGUCUGUCAGAACCCAGACAGGAAGUUGGCGCUCAUCGACGUGGGCCACACGCCCGACGGGAGUCAGUUCGGCAUGUGCCUCCUGGAUCGCUGGGAUUACAUGAUGGCCGUCGCGGAGUUCCUCUUCCUGCUGUGGGCCGUGUACCUUUGUUACGCCGUGAGAACCGUGCCGUCGGCUUUCCACGAACCUCGGUACAUGGCCAUCGCCGUUCACAACGAGCUGGUGCUGUCAGCCAUUUUCCACGUAAUCAGGUUCACUCUGGCUCAUGAACUCCACCCAGACUGGAUGCUGCUGCUGUUCUUCACCCACACCCACCUGACGGUGACGGUGACUCUGGGUCUGCUGCUCGUUCCCAAGUUUCUGUUCGCUGGAACCCACAUGAGGGAUGACAUCGCCUCUGAGGCCUACGAGGACGAGCUUGACAUGGGUCGCUCCGGGUCGUACCUCAACAGCAGCAUCACUUCGGCGUGGAGCGAGCACAGCCUGGACCCCGAGGACAUUCGGACACCAGAAGAAAUGGGCCAUCUCAGUUCUAUUAAUGGCUGUGGCGCAAGGUCUUGCGACAGCCUUUGGGAAAAACGUACCAACGAGGAGCUGAAGAAGUUAUACUCCCAGCUGGAGAUUUACAAAAGGAAGAAGAUGCUAGCGAACAACCCGCACCUGCAGAAGAAGCGGAGCUCCAAGAAAGGUCUGGGGCGCUCGCUGAUGAGACGCAUCACCGAGAUCCCAGAGUCUGUGCAUCGGCAGUGCAGCCGGGAAGACAAGGAGGUGGGAGACUACGGGAGCAACCGGAACAGCAUCUGCAUGCUGAAGAAGAACCCGCUGGAUCCCAGCCAUCAGGUGAAACCAGUCAAGGAAGAGACGCUAAAGAACAAGGUUUUCUCUCUGAAGAAGUCCCACAGCAGCUAUGAUCAUGUCCGUGACCAGAACGAAGAAGCCAACAGGGCCGCAGACAAGAUGGAGACGGCCUCAAAUGAAGGGUCGCUACUAGAUACGCUGAUGGGCAAAAAGCUGGUUAAGAAGAAGUCCAGUGAGAACAUCAACGCCCCCAGUGAAUCUACAGAGUCUGUUCCUUUAGUCUGCAAGUCGGCGAGUGCCCACAAUCUAACAGCCGACAAGAAACCAAUUCACCCCAGAGCGUCCAUGCUACAGAAGUCUUUGAGUGUCAUCGCCAGCGCCAAGGAGAAGACUUUGGGCUUGACUGGGAAGAGCCAGAGCUCAGAGGACAGCAAUAAGAAGAGUCAGCCAAAGAGCAGAGACAUGAAGGCAAAUACAGAGACAGAGAAUGACUGUCAGCCAAAGAUGAUCAUCAGCCAACCGGUUGACUACAAACAAAGUGCAGCCAAGGGCAGGAUCAUGAAGCAGCCGGUGACCGACAGCCAGCCUGCAAUCUGCUCCGAUCCAGUCCGGGGAAAGGACCUUUACGAUGUCUCCGAAGUGUGUCCAUGGGAGUUGGAAGACCUGCCGACUCCGUCUGAGAACAAGAUCCAGAAGCACGUCUCGAUAGCACCGACAGAGUCGACGACGAUUCAUGGAGGCAGCACCAAAGGGAGUAAAUCCCAGAAGCAGAAGGCCUCUGAUCAGUCUCCAUCAGGUGGAAGACACUCAAAGGAGAGUCAGAGGACGACUUCUGUACGAGCCGAGGUCUGUCCAUGGGAAGAGGGAGGUGAGACACAAACCAGUCUCUCAGAAGGACCAAGGCAACAAGUGUCCAGUCAGUCAAGGUCAAACAGGCCUCAUUCUACGUUAGAAAGCUCCAAAACAAAGCGAGCAGACAUUUGUCCGUGGGACUUCGAAGAGCAGCAGAAGGUGACAGAGUUAGCCCGGUUUCCAGAUACAAUAAAGCAGAAAAAGAGCUCCUCUCCUGUGGACGGACGAGGUAGAAACCCCACUUCAGAUGCUCCCAAAGGGGUAACAUCUCUGCCCCUACCAACAACGAAAGCCGAAAUCUGUCCUUGGGACUACGACAGUGCUGCGGUUUCUCCAAAUACAGACAGAACACCCAGUCCAGCACAAGCACCCAAAGCUAAAGAAUCGCCCACGAUAAGGAAAGGCGCCCCUUCCACCAGGACGGUUGAGAAGGAAAAGUCAAAAGACACUGAGGAUGAGAAAAGUUUAACAAAGUCCUCAGAUAAACGUUUGAGCCAGCAGAAAUUGUCAGAGGUCUGUCCGUGGGACGUAGAGAGUCCGCAGGAGGGGCUGCAGGUAGAGAAAAGGAAAAGCGCUAAUGUUGGAGCAGCCAAACCAAAGCCGACUGAAGUUUGUCCGUGGGAUUUUGAGGACGUGUCGAGUAAGAAAGGCUCUGAUAAAAAUGCCCCAGUAGAAAAGCAGAGCAAUCCAAAUUCAAAAGCUGCGGCUGCUAGUUCUGCUCCAAAGGCCGAGGUUUGCCCCUGGGACUUUGACGAGAGCAAAUCAAGCAAGAAGGCAUGACACUCAACCUGAAUGGACCUCUGAAAUUAUAGUUAUCAAUGUAUAAUUUUUCUUUUUUCAAUUGCAAAGAGUUAUAUAUAUAUUACCUUUUACUAUUUGUAUGGUAACUUGGAAGCAAAGUUAACCCACAAGUUGCCUUCCUUUCUGAGGUUUUGUUCCAGCUUUACAUAUUUGGAAUAUGUACAAAACGACUAAACAAAGUCAAGAAGAGCAUUCCAGAUUACUACAGGAAAAUUCCUGGAAAUAAAAUUGUAGACCAAUUAUGCAACCGUUACACUUUAUGAGCAAUGUCACACAUCAGCUUUCUACAUCUCUGCAGUCUUUACUUUCUGUUUGCUGUCUGAUGUUUUUUCACCCACAUGCGACAACAAGGUGAUAUUAUUAUGUGUUGGUUCCAGCUCAGAGUUUUUGUCUUUGUUGUCACAUAGAUGAGAUUUGGGUUGAAGUAUAAAACAGGAAGAAUCUGCGAAGUGUGAUGUGGUGUUUAACUUGUAUUUAAUGAGGAUUUGAUCCGAAAGCAGAAGGAAAGUAACUCAAUAGCACCUUAGAAAACAUCAUAAAUUCAGAACAGAUUCUGUCCUUUAUGUACAUUUUAUUCUCUUAAUUUCCAUAUUAUAUCACUGGCAAUCAUACACACAGCAUAUAUGUAUAUUUUAGAUCUAUUUAAUUGUAGUUCUCUACAGAUUAAAAUGCUUCCAAGUCUGUAGAGAUGUACUAUACGUGCCUAACUAUUAGCAUUAUCUUGUAUCAGUCUAGAGGGAAAAAAGUGAUUUUUGUCUGGAUUUUGUGACGGUGAUCUAUAUUAACAGCAUGCACAGCCAGGUGCCGAGUAGCUGGACUCUACUUGCUUGUCAACUGAUCAGUGCUAAUGUUUUAGCUAGCGUUUUCCCCCAUGAAACAGAUAGUUUUGGCCUUGUUUUUAUAUCCCUUAAAAGCUAAAAUGGAGAAUACAGAAGGAGGUCAUUUGUACCGGUCAAUACACCCUGUCGCCAUUUCCCAGAUUAUUGGUUUUGGUCGUUUUGUCCCUGACUUUUGUUGCCUUCUACUAAGGGACAUCCCACAAUUUGAUGUAAUUUACUGUUUUAUCCACCAGAGGUCACUUAGGUUUACUGUAAUAACGGUGUUUUCACACCAGAUAGUCCCGUAGACGCUGCUCAAUUGGGGAUCAAACCGGAACAUUUGUUACAUUUUCAGCAAAUGAUCUAAACCCUUUGAAAAACCUGUUCCCCUCCUCGCCUGUGGGGGCACU